CAGCAUCAACCAGAGCAGUGUUGGAAAGUGGUAGUAACACUCACGCUUAAGAAUACGUUCAAAGUCAAAGAGUUUAAUUGGAUCCAAUAGAGUCUAAUUAACCCUCUGCAACCAGUUAAUUGCAUUGUGAAGCCUCUGACUUGGCUACUGUACACUGAAACUUUUACCAUCAACAUUGUUCCCAUAGAUAUAUAUUGACCUGCUUUUACAUAUAUUAAAAGAAUUAUUUUAUAUUUUUUUAUAAAAUCAAUUAUAUAAUUUAAAAAUUGAAACACCAGAGCGACUUGCUUCGCGAGUUCAAUAAUUGCACACGGCACUAGUUGCAAAUAGACUAUCUCAGGCAGCAUAAGAAUAUCUUAUCAUGGGCUUGCACGUUUUCUGGCCAGCUACGGCCUGCCUGACUCUCUUUGUAGUUUGCAUUAUAAUCGUGAUGUUGAAGUACGGCACACGUCUUUGCAAAUUACGACACGAGCCGUUGCCAUCCGACCAAGAAUGGGAAGGCAAAGCCUAUUCCAGAAAACUAUCCGCCUCCAUUUAAUGAAAAUAUCACUAUCUCGAAAAUAUACUCAAAUCGCACAGCUUUUUCAUUUAAAAAAUAUAUAAAUGAAACUGCCGAUUGGUAUCUUUAUUGGCGUAAAUUAAACGUAAAUAACUAUUUUUAACUGCUUUUUCUAUGACACGUUUUGUAUGUAGACACAAUAUUGCAUCUACACAAUAUUGGUCAUGUAAGUUAAAUGACUUGACAUCCGUCCAUUUACUAUGUAUUUGUACUAAUAUAUUUUUUAUUAAUAUAAAC